ACGGAGAGUUCCAUCCACUUUGCGAGCAAAGAGGACGAGUGCACCCCACGGGGAGUUGCUGGGUUUAAUGAAACCCAGUCUCAGGAGCUCCUCAAGCUGACGUUUGAGUUCGGUGGCCUCGGGAAUCGAGAGUCUGUAGGGUGCCUGGUGGUGAACACGAUAGUCAGGCACAAGCUGAAUGGAGUGUUCGACGUCACGCAUCGGUGGGAUGCCGACGUACGAGAACGACGAUGGAAAAACGUCGUGGUACUCUCAGAUGAGGUCACGAACUGCGGGCUCCAGGUCAGCCGUAUAUCGUGCGAGUUCCUCAGCGUCAGCGUCAGCGCGCGACGGCGGGGUGGACUCGACGGACGGCGGAGGGACGGAAGUAGAGAUGGGAGCCAUGGAGAUAGAAGGUGGAUCUGGCUCCAGAGGGAGGAGCUCGACGUCGGUACAGGGUGGAUCAUCGUGUAAGACAUCCGUCACGUUCACCAUAAAGAAGGUGACGUCAUCCUGUCGGAUGAAGUGGGCGAACUGCCGAGGCGAAGUGACAGUGAUAGAAGGAGAAGGUGUGGGCACAGAAGGCUCCGGGAGAGGAGGAUCGGGGCAUGGUGUCGCAGUGGUACCUAUGAAAGGUACGCGAUACGUCUGUCCGCACUUCGUUUUGAGAACGAGAGUGUUGGUCGCCCAAUCGGCCUCGGUGCUGCGGAACCGACGAGACCACGGAGUGUCGAGAAUGAAGUCGUACCCCGUCUCCAUCACAUCAAAAUGUGCAGAGAAGCGGUGGCGACAAGACGCCAGGGAACGAUCAGUCAGCUCCAGAGUGAGGAAGAAAGGGAGGUCGGUGAUCGAAGAAGCGCUGGGUCUUGUCAUCCCCUAAGGUAACGGAGAUGGGAGUCGGAGACCCUGUUGUGGGUAAGCGAGCUUCUUUCACCACGCGUGGGUGAAUAAAGUCGCCCUGAGAAC